ACAUAAAUUUUCUUACAACGGAGCUAACCUCUCUUGACGUGUGUGAUUGUUUACAUAUGUAUACAAAUUUGGGUGUUUUGUGAUUUAUAGUAUUUUAUAUGUUUAACAGUGCGCUUAAUAAUGUUUGCGUUAAUGGGAGAAGUAAAUUUCUGGACUUUUGAUGAUAAUGUAAAUAUAGAGGAUACAGACUUCGGUGCAUUCAAAUAUCAUGACAAACGAAUCGAUGGCACGUAUGAAGAAGGUAAAAGAUCUUACUGUCAAGAACGUGGAAUGACUUAUGUCCCAGGAAACAAAAAGGGAAAUAAAUUGAAACAUUCCAUCAAGUACUUGGAGGAUCAGCUGAAAGACAAUUCUGUGAUUUAUUGUCAGUGGUAUGAUGACUCUAUUGUACAAUUAAUGCUCAGCAAUGGAUUGUUGAUACAAAUACAAGUUUGUCUCUACAGUGGCGAUAUACAAGAAAUUAACUUUGACAAGUAUCUUGUAGGGAAAUUAUCGGAAUAUAUCUCCGAUGUAAUUAUCACCAAGAGCCAUUUAGUUUGCACAUACAAUGAUAACCUAGUGACACUGGUAUAUUUUACAAAAUCUAAAACACAUGUCUUUGACAAGAUCAAUAAGUUGGAACCUAAAAUAGUCACGACAGACUUAUUUGUGCCUAAUGGACGUAGAUUGGAUAAGAAAAUUCAAAUGAACAAGUCUGCUGAUCUGAUACUAAUUUGGCGAAAAUCCACAAUGAACGAAGUUUAUCCUUGGAGCCCUGCUGUGAAACAGUAUCAUCGUGCAAACAUGCAUCUCUUUCGACUUACAGGAACGAAAUUAGAGUUGUUAUGUUACAUACGUACUGAGUUUGAUCCCUUGUGUAUUACGUUUGAUGCAUGCGAUGACAAUAUUAUCCAUUCUGUAGAACAAAAAGUCUCAAGGAAGGGAGAAGUCACUGUAGAAUGGCGUACUUACGAAGUUUCUCGGCAGAAUAAAUUGAAAAGAAUUGCUGUGAUUUCCAUAUCACUGCCAACACACACGAGCUGCGUGAGAUUUUCGCCUAAUCAGGAAUUAUUACUGCUAUGUUGCAUCGACGGCACUAUUAUGAUGUACGAUCAAACGAAAUCAACAACCACCAGUGUAAAAGCUGCUUUUAUACCUACUUUAGCUUCUUGGCAUAGCAACGGUAUAAUAUUCGUGGUAGGCAAUGACAGAGGCCAGUUUCAACACUUUGACAUCACUUUAACGUGCAUCAAAAGUCAGACAUUGAACGAUGAGGCAACAGCCGCGAAUAUUCUUGACUUGUCGCCGUAUUUUAGGAAUCAGCACGCAUUGUUACGUAUGGAAUGGAACAAGAAAAGCGAUCCGAAUCAAAUUCGCUAUUAUAGUAACGGCAAUUCUCUGUUCUUGCUGCUUUUUGAACGAGGGCCGAUUGGUGUAAUCAAAGUGAUCGAAGGCGAUACACUUUGCGGAGAUGAACUAGUCAGAAGGUAUUUGUCCGAAUCUCGUGUGGAACAAGCAACUGCCCUGCUGCUGUCAAUGAACUGGGACACGCAUCCACGUGUGUGCAUGCACUCGCUCAAUCAAAUUUUAAAUUAUCUAUUCAAGUUACCAUUAACAGCGGAUCGUGAAGGUCUGAUACAGACUGCAUUGGGCAGUUUCCACGUGCCCGUUAAACCGAUCAGCCAAACUGUCGAAGAGGAGUACGGAGACGAAGUGAGGGAUUUGACGAGGCGAUUUUUUCAUCAUUUAUUGAGAUAUAGGAUGUUCGAGAAAGCCUUCAGACUGGCCAUCGAUUUAAACGAUCACGAUCUCUUCAUGGACAUACAUUUCUAUGCUGUAGUUUUGAAUGACACAGAACUGGCGACUGCGGCCAAAGAGAAAGCCGAGAACAUUCUAAGCAGGUCGAAUAGUUGCAGUGGCUCGCAUUCGACAUGUUCGAGAGCAUCGUGCUCUAUAUGCUCAGAUUCGAGCGAUGAAAAGGGCGAAGACGAGGAGGAGGAAGAAGAAGGGGAAGAGGAAGAAGAAGAAACAUAUAGCGAAGAGAGCGAAGACUCUCGGACUAAUCUGAAACAACCGAAAAGGCACCAUUACAGAAAAGCCACCGGUUCCAGUCAAAUACCGCCUUUACCAGUUCUUCAUUCUCACAAUAUCAAGAACACGCUUGCUGCGUCCUACAACAAUAUUCCGUUCACCAAUAAGACUGACUACACCUUGAUACCGCCAUCUUUCGACGCCGCUAACAGUAUUUUAACGGCAGCUCCGUUCAAUCACUCUUCGCAUAUUUCGAACCCGUUUCUGGCAUCGACUUCUUUCAACAAACCGUUGUACAAUACACAUUCGAAUUUCCCGCCAGCCAGCACGGCGAACAUCAACAGUUCUUCGGCGUUUAACAAUGCAUCGGACGAUUUGAUGACCACGUCAUUCGGCAGCGUUUCCAUAACCGAAUCGGAGGUGUUGGUCGACGAUCAACCCGGCGAUAAUUUCGACGGAAUGCCGUACAACAAAACCUUGCUCAACGAGAUACCGUAUUCCUUCAGUAGUUCUGCCGCCAACGCGAUAACGACUUGCGCGCAGGAGGACAGCUUUAUUUCGACCCCCUUUAACAAGUCGGUAUACGAACCCGAGAACAUUCAGUCUAAUUAUUUGGCAAUUCCAUUAGACGCCGUUGAUACUAAUAUCAUGUCGACGUCGUUCAGCACGCGAAUUGCGAGCACCCCUGUUUCGCACAAUAACUCUUUCAGCGUAUUAGCGGCGAAUAAUAAGUCUGAAACUUCUUCCGUCUUGCGGGGUACGAAGUCUCCGAAGAUAUCCGAUAAACUGCUGAGUAAAAUUCUGAAUGACACUGACACUCUUGCAACGGAUCAGUCGUCUCUUCUGGACAGUACCUGUAACAAUCUGAUGUCUACCUCGUUUACUUACCCCGAAGAUAUCGCAGCUUCCGAAAGUAGUGAUAUCGCAUUCCCCAGCACGCUCAACAACGAUCAAGCCGCUAAAUAUUCCGUGGCAGAGAAGGAAACUGGCAUCAAUAUUCCACCACCGCCCUCCCUGACAAGUUCUCUGUCUAAUUACCUCCAUGGUCUACCCAGAAAGAAUUAUCCUUUGUCUAGAAGCACUCCAGGUUUAACGGAUUUCGACGAGUCGCUGCAUAAAUUUCAAACGUCCAACAAAGCGAUGCACGUACCGCCGUACAUCUUGCAAAAACAGAAUUCCACGUCCAACAUCCCUCAAAGCCAGAAAGUCGCCCCAUCUUUCAAAAUCUACAGAUGCAACUACGAUCUGGAUUACGUGCCGUUUCACGGCACUUACGAUGACGCAGACUUACAAACGGCCAAUAGAAAGUUUGCCUCGCAAAACUUUCAUCCUGGCUACGGCAUGCAGCACAGAUUAUUCGAAAGUAGAUACCCGUCGAGAUCUCUCCAAAGCAAUGCAAGCGUUAAUAUAAACAAGGAAGGUAAAACAUUUUCCAAUGUACCGCCUCUGCCUGUAAUUAACACAUCCACUGCCAGCUCAAAGAUUUACCCCACGUGUCCGCCAUUCGUUAAUGCGGGAGUAAGUUCUAACGAGAAGCCCAAAGUGAAAUUCUCAGACACUGUCACUCAUAUAUUAGUACCUGGUACGAGUCAGAUACAUAGGCAGAAACGACCUGUCACACAAUCACACAUAACAGAUCCUAAACGUGAGUUAACUGAAAGUCUUCCACUUUGCUUGGGUAACGAAGAUUACCUUAAAGAUUUUCAACCGUUACCUAAAGACAACACGGAUGAGAAAAUAAAAGAACCUCCCAAAUCUGACGACAGUACAAAGAUUAAAGUUGUUCAUUUUGGCUUACUGUAAGCCCCAGUAUUAUUAAGAAAAAUAUUAAUUUAUUAGAAUUAAUUUUCACGAUUUUGAAAAGUAUUAGCAAGUACUAGAAUUAAUCUAUUUUAAUCAUUUUAUCAGAAUUUUAAAAAUAAUAAGACUGUAUUGCGAG